UUAUAAUUAAAUAUAAAUUAAAUUAAAAAAAAAAUCAGUAAAUCUAAUGUCUCAAAACCAGCAGAGCAAUAAUGAGGAUUAUUAUCAAUCAGAUAGUAAAGAAGCAACAUUUUCAGCAAAAGAAAACAUUCCUAUAUGGAAGGAAUAUAUAAAAUCUGCAGGUUUUUGUAUUAAACACUUUUGGAUCAUUUUUAUUAUUGGACAAAUUCUUAGUUUGAUGAUUACAGCAUCAAGUAUAUUUACAGCGAAAUUAAGUAGUCAUAAUAUCAAUGUUCCUACAUUUCAAACGCUUAUUAAUUACAUACUUUUGGGGUCUAUUUAUAAUGCUUUUACGUUUUACUUAUAUGGCUUUAAAAAAUGGGCAAAAAUGAUUUCAAAAGACGGAUGGAAAUAUUUCAUUUUAGCAUUUAUAGAUAUUGAAGCAAACUAUUUCGUUGUAAAGGCAUAUCAAUAUACCAAUCUUUUAUCUUGCAUACUUUUGGAUUCUUUUUCAAUAAUAACAGUUAUCGUUUUAAGCUACUUUUUCUUGAAAGUAAGAUAUAGCAUAGCACAAAUAUCAGGGAUUUUAAUUUGUUUUGGAGGUAUUAUAACGCUAACAAUAAGUGAUUUCAAAUUGAAUAAAUAUAAUAAUUCCACAAAUGUCAUCAAAGGAGAUAUUUUAAUGAUCAUAGGGGCAUGUUUAUAUGGUUUAAGUAAUGUUUUGCAAGAAUUUUUUUUAUCUAAACAACCUAUAUAUGAAGUCAUAGGCCAAUUAGGUUUUUGGGGAAUAUUUAUUGAUGCAAUUCAGAUAUCUUUAUUUGAAAGAAAACAGCUAAAAGAAAUCCAAUGGUCUAAAAAGACAAUUGGAUUUAUCUCUGGAUAUAAUAUUGCAUUAUUUACAUUCUAUUCUCUUUCACCUAUUCUACUUAGAAUAAGUAGCGCUCUGUUUUAUAAUAUAUCUUUACUAACAAGUGAUUUUUGGAGUCUUAUCAUUGGAAUCUAUUUAUUUCAUUAUCGUAUCUACUGGCUAUAUUAUAUUGCUUUUAUUCUUGUAAUCUUAGGCCUUUUAAUAUACCAUUUAUUUUUCAAAGACGAAUCAAAAAAACCAUGGAUUAAUUGUAAUUGCAAAGAAAUUGAUGAUGUUGAAACGUAUGAAAUCUACAAAAUUUCUAAAUAAGAAAUAUAACUAAAAAUAUACAAAAUACAUAUUUAGAUAAUUGUAAAUAUAAGAGAGA